GGCCCCGCCGCCCGCCCGCCCCGGCCGCAGCCGCAGCCGCCCCGCUUCGCCCAGGCAAUGACAGCGGCUCCGGCCCCGUCCCCGCAGCAGAUCAGGGACCGGCUGCUGCAGGCCAUCGACCCGCAGAGCAACAUCCAUAACAUGGUGGCAGUGCUGGAAGUGAUCUCCAGCCUGGAGAAAUAUCCCAUUACCAAAGAGGCACUUGAGGAAACCAGACUCGGGAGGCUUAUCAAUGAGGUGAGGAAGAAGACAUCCAAUGAGGAACUUGCCAAACGUGCCAAGAAAUUGCUGAGGAAUUGGCAGAAGUUGAUAGAACCCGUAACCCAGAACGAGCCAGUGCCAAGGGGGCUGCCCAACCCGCCAGGAUCAGCAAAUGGAGGUGCCCACAACUGCAAACCAGACUCCCAACUUCCUGCUGUGCCCGGCGCCAAGCCCAUCAGCGAACUGAAAAGUAGGAAUGAUAUCCAGAAACUAAAUUCUCCAAAAACAGAGAAACUGGGAAAUAGGAAAAGGAAAGGUGAUCACAGGGACGGGCAUCAGGGCCCUCCUGCCCCAAAGGUCUCCAAAGCUAGUCAUGAAGUAUUACAAAACUCUUCGCCCCCUCCAACCAAUGGAAUUGGAGGUAGUCCUGAAAAUUUUCCUAGUCCUGUAGACAUAAACCUACAUGCAGGGCCUGAAAGCAGCAGGACAGAUCUCAGUGAAAACGAUAAACACAAUAAGAUCCCAGUAAAUGCUGUAAAACCUCACACCAGUUCUCCAGGACUUGUAAAACCUUCAAGCACUUCCUCGUUACUAAAGACCGCAGUGCUUCAGCAGCAUGAUAAAUCAGAAGAAGCCACGGGCCCCCACCAGCCCAAGAGCCCACGCUGCUCCUCCUUUAGCCCCAGGAACGUUAGGCAUGAUACUUUUGCUCGGCAGCACACCACGUACUCACCAAAGGAUUCGAUGCCCAGUCCAUCUCAAAGGUCUCAGUUCGCGGACGCCGCGCCGGUGCCGUCGCCGCCUCCAUCCCUGAUGCAACCAUCCACACCUCCCAUGCCAGCCAAGAGACUGGAGUUCCCUCCUCAGGCGGCCCCCGAGGUGGCACAGCACUGGCAGGAGCAGCAGGGAGCCCCCGAGGGCCAGCACAGGCACACAGCAGGGACACUUCAGCAGCACACGGCUCCCGGCUGCAAAGGCCACCCCGGGGAAUCACACAUGGGCUUCCCACAGGACACUUCCAGAAUGGACAGUGAUGAUGCUGCUUCAGGGUCUGAUAGCAAAAAGAAGAAAAGGUACCGACCCAGAGACUAUACAGUCAACUUGGAUGGGCACGUGAUAGAAGGGGGUGUGAAACCUGUGAGGUUAAAAGAGAGAAAACUCACUUUUGAUCCCAUGACAGGACAGAUAAAACCUUUAACACCGAAAGAUCCUUUGCAGGUAGAAAUCCCUGCACUAACUGAACAGCACAGGACAGAAACGGAAAAGCAGGAGCAAAAACCCAACCUGCAAAGCCCCUUUGAACAAACGAACUGGAAAGAGUUGUCCAGAAAUGAAAUCAUUCAGUCAUAUUUAAACAGACAGAGUAGCUUGCUAUCUUCAUCAGGAGUACAGACUCCAGGAGCUCACUACUUCAUGUCUGAGUAUUUAAAGCAGGAGGAAAGCACUAGAAAAGAGGCUAGAAAGACUCACGUUCUAGCUCCUAACAGCAAACCUACAGACUUGCCUGGGGUCACCAGAGAGGUCACGGGCGAUGACCUCGACAGAAUACGUGACCACAACUGGCCAGGCGUGAACGGUUGUUAUGACACACAGGGUAACUGGUAUGAUUGGACACAGUGCAUAUCCUUAGAUCCACACGGGGAUGAUGGGAGAUUGAACAUCCUGCCUUACGUCUGCCUAGACUGAGAGCAGUUCUGCUAAGCACGCUUUUUACACCUGCACUUGGCAGAACUGGCAGACACGAUGCCACUUCCAGCUGGAGAGAGCCUCCUGUCCUGGACAAACAGGCCCCACGAGCAGAGGGGGGGAGGGAGCUGGGCCUUUCCAGCUCGUUCCUUUAAAUUCUCCUUUUUGUGAAAUGCUGCUACCAGUUUACUAACAAUUGCAAAAGGAAGGCAUACGAAGGUUUGAUCAGUUGAGUUUAAAACUCUUAGAGCAAGCCAGCUAUAAAAAGUGUUAGUCCCCAAGAAGUGAAGAGGAUUUCCAGCACUUUCUGAAUGCCGGAAUCUUAUUACAGGCAGGUACAGAGAAAAAAAUUGUGGAAGUUACCUUAACAAAAUAUGCAUCUAUUUAUUUGACUUGAUUUGGGUUUUUAUUUGGCAGUGAGAUAUUCGAGAGACAAUGUGCAAAAACUGUAGUUUUAUUUCUAUCACAUCUCUGAAACAUGAUUGCGUUAUUUAAGAGUCAUGUGGUACGGAGAUUGGGUUUUAAACAGCAGGUGUUGCACUGCAGGCUGGGCCACCAGCUUCAGCUCAACAUUCCAUAGGCAUCCACAUAUUUUAGUCUGGUUUCAGUUUAAAUCCAGUCUCUGAGAAAUGCUGCAAAAACUAGAUGUUUAACGAUAUUUUUUGAUCCCACCACCACCAGCCAAAUAUUUUUCCUCCUUUUCCCUUCCUGCAAACUUAUAGGUAAAAAAGAAAAAGACAAAAAAAACAAAAAGGAAAAAAAAAAAAAGAAAAAAAAUCACCUUUUCUAGAAUCUAAAUGUAAUGAGGGUGCUACAAGUUUGUAACUGUACUGUGAGAGGGAAAAAGGAAGCCUGUUUGUAUGCUGGAAAUAUACUUGUUACCAUUCCUUUAGAUAUUGUUUGCCUUAUGGAUAUCCAUCAUAAACGCAAUUUGCAAAAACAAAGAGCCUUAGUGAAUGUACAGUAACUAGACUUCUGUGUUCCUGGGAUGCAGAAGGGAGCAACUUUGCUAUUUGGUCCUUUAAGUGGACACGUUGUGAUAUAAAUGUGGAAAUAAAAAAAAUUUGCACAAA